AUGGGCGCCGACACUUCGCUCGACAGAGCCGUGCUCGCGCUCGUGCUGCUGCGGCUGCCGGGGUUGCUGGCCAUCGUGAUGCCACAGGGCUGCGGGGUGAUCGAUUCAUUUGCUGAAGUGGUCAUGCUGCCACAGGCGGUCCCUGGGCUGCGGCACCUCGACGCGCCCGACCUCGAAGCAGGUCCCGCCACAGCGCAGCAGCUCAGGAAGCUUCCUCUUGAGUCCUUGACGAUAAGGUGGCUGGUCAACGGCAUUGGCGACGACGAUGACGACCCCGGCGGCAGCCUCUCAGACGCGAUCGCGGCGCUGCCGUGCGCGACGCUGACGCGCCUGGACUUGGUGGGGCGCAUGGUGCCCGACAUGGAGGACGGCACGUCGCAGUGGGAGCCCGGGCGUCUGAUGGUCCCGCCUGGCGGCUUGAGGAUGGCGCAGCUGCGGCGGCUGGGAGGGGUGGAGCUGACGCCCAACCUGCUCCUGCCGAUUUCUAGGGGCAUGCCCCUCCUGCGGGACCUGAGCGUGCUGCCCGCCGGCGACUGGGCGGACCAGCCGCGCGACGCGUCCUUCCCGCGCGUGACGCGCGCCGUGUUCCGCUUCACGAAGCCUGGCUUUGAACAUGCUGACCUGGCAAGGCUGCUGCCGGCGGUGCGGCGGCUGAUCCUCUUCCCGGAGGACUUUGACCCGUACUUUGUGCAGCCCCAACGGCCCAGUCUGUCGGGGCUCACGGCGCUCGAGUGCCUCAGGGUCGGCGACAACAUCCUCCACGGCGAGGUGGGGCUGCCGUGGCGCCAAGACAGCUUCUGGCCGCUCACGCUCCCGGACGCGGCGGCGCUCGCUUGCGCGCCGCGGCUGCGGCUGCUGGCGUGCGAUGUGCGGAUGCUAGGGGCGGCGCGGCUGCUGACGCGGCUGCCGUCGUCGCUGGAAGCCCUAGACCUCAACCUGUGCUUAGAGGCAGAGGCGUGGCAGGCAGGGGAUGUGGGGCAGCAGCAAGAGCAGCAGCAGGAGCCGCCGCAGCAGCAGCAGCAGCAGGAGCAGCAGCAGCAGCAGCAGCAGCAGCAGCAGCAGCAGCAGCAGCAGCAGCAGCACCAGCAGCAAAAGGAGCAGCAGCAGGAGCAGCAGCAGCAGCAGGAGCAGCAAAAGGAGCAGCAGCAGGAGCCGCCGCCAGCGGAUGGCCCCACCACCAAGUACGAUGCCUGGCAGGCCCUUCAAGGGCUGACGCACCUGAUCAGCCUCAUGCGCCUUUCGAUGGAUGCCCCAGACAUGCGCUUCAGCGCCGACACGGUGACGCGGCUCGCACUGGCGCUGCCCCAGCUGCGCGAGCUGGCCAUCAAGGCGGCGGCCAUGGACCUAGGGCACGUGGCUGCGCUGGCGGCGCACCCCGGGCUGCGGCGCCUGGUCGUGCCGGACGAUGCGUGGUGGGAGGAGCAGUGGUGCGGCGGGGAGCGUGUGCCACGGGCGGGGAUGACGAAGCUCGCAUCUGAGCACGCGGCGCAGGGGCUAAUUAUUGAGCCGUGGGGCGGCACCCGCUUGCAAAGCGCGAUCGCAGAGGCGUGGGGCGGGUUGGACAACGAAUGA